AUGGGACCAACCAACUUCCGAGUCAUCGUUGUCGGUGGCGGCCCCGUGGGGCUUUCGUGCGCCCACGCACUAUCACAAGCCGGCAUUGAUUUCAUUAUCCUCGAGCAGCGGUCGAGCUUCGUUAUAGACGCUGGAUCCAAUCUGAUCCUGGUCCCUAUGAGCAUGCGGGUUCUGGGACAGCUAGGCCUACUCGAAGAAUUGAAGAAAGUCAGCUCCCCACUCAACAUCAUCAACCGCAUGGAUCACAGUGGUCGCCGACUUGGUAGUAUGAAGUGGUUUCUCUAUGACAACGAGUACUUCGGUGCAUAUCCCAGAGUCAUCAGCCGACAUGACUUGACCAAGGUUCUUUACCAGUCACUUCCAACAGAAAACAUGCCCAACCUGCUUCCGAACAAGAGAGUGUCCGACAUCUCUACGACUACGGACGGCGUGAGCAUCACAUGCACAGAUGGUACUUCGUACGAGGGAUCCGUCGUUAUCGGUGCGGAUGGCGCCCAUAGUUUUGUGCGAGAGCGCAUGCGGCAGCUUGCAAUCGACAACGAGUCCCCGUUUUUAAACGAAGAGAAGCCUUUUCUCACGACUUACCGCUGCUUGUGGACUCGCUUUCCGGCCAGGAAGGGCCUGCCACCUGGAACGACUUGGGAGACGCACGGCGAGAAACUGGCGACCCAACUGUUUGCGGGAGACGACACUAUCGUCAUGUGCAUAUAUGAGCGCCUGGACGAGACCACCUACGAUCGCUGCCGAUAUUCAAAAGCCGAUGAAGAGGUUUUAGUUGGGCGCUGGGGGCAUCUCCCACUCACACCCGGCCAGGCCCUUACCAUCCGAGACGCUUACGAGUCGCGCAUACAAUCGGGCUUGGUAAACCUGGAGGAAGGCGUCGUGAAGCACUGGAGCUGGGACGGCCGUAUCGUGCUGGCAGGCGACGCAGCGCAUAAAUUCACACCGAGCACCGGCGCCGGGUUCAACAACGGGAUCAUCGACGUCGUUUCGCUCGUCAACGAACUCUGCAAGGAAGUGCAAGCAGCUCGCACGGAAACACUUGAUCCGGCAGCCGAACCGGAGAGACCCCAAAUAGUGGCUGCCUUCAAGGCUUAUGAAGCCUCGCGCAAGGAGCCAGUCAUUGAAGGUUGCAAGCUAGCCGGUAAUGCCACUGCUAUGGCAACUUGGCAGAACUGGAUACUGAAAUUCAUCGACCGGUACAUUUUCUCAAUGCACGUCGUUCAGAAGUUUCUGUCAAGCCAACAGGCUAGUAGAACAGCGCAGGCACCCGUAUUUGGCUUUCUGGAUAGCGAAGAGGAACUAGUCGGGACAGUUCCGUGGUCCGUUCCCUUAAAGGCGAAGUCUGGACGGAUCGAAUAG